AGUAGUCCGUCUAUGCUCGCAGCUGUCUCACGUUUUCUGAUUUCGUCAUUCCAAUUCGCUAGGUUAACUAAAGUCGUUCAGUUUCAGAGCCUUGUUUCCAAAUAAAACGUGUUUUGAAGUAUAAUAAAUUAAUUUAUAAAUUAUUUAGUAGAUAUCCUUCAGGCUCUUGUUGUAUUUAAAUACAAGGAACCCUAGUUUUUCAUGAUGGGACCGAUUUCAAUGUGUUUGCGACUAGGCCGAUUAGCAGUGGAAAAUACAUCUCAUUUUGGGAUUCAUUCAGUUAUUGCUUCAAAUUUAAGGCACACAUCUAUUCUUCCAUCUAGAUUAGGCAUUAGACACAACACAACAGCUUCUGAAGAAGCAAAAAAUACCGAAAAUGAAAAUCUAUCAGAAACUGAAAAGGAACUCAAAACAAAAUUGGAUACCAUCACAGAAGAAUUUGAAAAAUUUAAAGUCCAAUCGGAGCAGACCCUUGAUAUGUGGAAGAGAGGAGUAGCAGAUGCUGAAAACGCUCGGAAAAGGACAGAGAAGCAGCUGGUUGACACGAGACAGUUUGCCAUUCAGAAAUUCGCCAAAGAUAUCCUGGAAGUAGCCGACUGCUUGUCGCGUGCCAUUGAUAGCGUGCCCAAGAAUGAGAUCGGUGACAAAAAUCCGCAUUUGAAGAAUCUCUACGAAGGGUUGACACUCACUGACUCCGAGCUUCACAGAGUAUUUAGGAGUCACGGAUUGGCGCAAAUUGAUCCACUUGGGGAGCUUUUCGACCCCAAUUACCAUCAGGCGUUAUUUGAUAAGGAGGAUGAAGAGAAGAAGCCAGGCACUGUUAUUGUAGUUCAGAAAGUGGGAUACAAAUUGAAUGAACGUGUUAUACGGCCGGCGUUGGUCGGCAUUUCCAAGGCGAAAGCUUCAUAAUAAAUUAGACAACCAGAGUCAGCGAUCGCCUCAUCCUGAAGCAAAUUAGUGCAGAAAACUGUGGUUCAAAUCUAGUAUCGAUGUAAUAAAUUGUAUCUAUUCUUUAUUUUCUUCUAAACUGAUAUCUUUAUAUGAAAUAAUAUGGAAUAGAACAUUGGGUCAAAUCUAGCGUUGAUGUAAUAGAUUCUGUCUAUUCUUUAUUUUCUUCUAAACUGAUAUCUGUAAAUAAAAGAUAGAAUAUUGAGUCAAAUCUACAGAGUUGUGCAGAGGAAACGCAUGUUUUUCGAACUGCCAGUACUCGUCAACGGGAGAGGGUAUUGCCCUGGAACGAAUGUUGGCAGACGACCCAUACUAUGCCAUUUCAGUUGCUAUGAGCGUUGGAACGUACAACAUCGUGUGUUCGCUGUUGAGCAGUUUUUUUUAAAAACAAUGAAUCUUUAGUCACUUAUUUCGUCAAUAUUUUAGAGUCGAGGGUCGAUGUGCAGUGCCUGAUCGAAAUACUGUACUCCGAUGGGUUGCAGCGUUUAGGAGUACUAGUUCUGUGAUGAAAAAGAAACCACCUGGUCUUCCCCGUUCUCCGGAAAGUGUAGACCGAGUCAGAACAGCGGCUGUUACUAGUCCUAGACGAUCGACUCGACGACACUGACUCGGUCUACAUUUUCAGGAGUACGAACUGAACGGGGAAGACCAGGUGGUUUAUUUUUCAUCACAGAACUAGUACUCCUAAACGCUGCAGCCCAUCGGAGUACAGUAUUUCGAACGGCCAUUGCACCUCGACCCUCAACUCUAAAAUAUUGACGAAAAAACGUUGUACUGUGACUACAGAUUCAUUGUUUCUAAACAGCGAACACACGAUGUUGUACGUUCCAACGCUCAUAGCAACUGAAAUGGCAUAGUAUGGGUCGUCUGCCAACAUUCGUUCCAUGGCAAUACCCUCUCCCGUCACAGAGUACUGGCUGUUCGAAAAACAUGCGUUUCCUCUGCACAACCCUGUCGUUUUGAUGCAAUAAAUUCUAUCUAUUCUUAUUACCUUCUAAACUGAUAUCUGUAUAUAAAAAAUAGAUUAUGGAUCCUAUUCUUUUUCCCUUCUAUUUUUUUGGACAUGAAAGUUAAAUUGUGGAUGUUCAUCCGCAGGAUGAAUGUUUCGUAAUGUAACGAAAAAAAUUAGCAGUGAACAGUUACAGAUACAGUAUAAUGUUGAAGCGUUAUAAGAAUUGUUAUUUUUAUUUAUUAAAUAUACUGUACUGUAUUGGAAUAUUGUUGUUUGCGAAUAAUUUUUAAAUAUACAGAUGUUAUUCCUUAG